AUGAAUAGGAAUAACUCGGUAACUCCUGGUUCACCAUCACCUGCUACACUUCAUAAUUCUUUGUCUCUUCCCAUUUCAACUGAUCUUUCCACAAGUGUUAUUUCGCAACAAUCUUGGGAAUAUUUGCGAAAACAGGCUCGACAAUUAGAAAAUGAGCUUGAGCAAAAACUUACCAGUUAUUCUAAAAUUGCUGCACAAGUGGGGAGAAGUGUGGGAUAUGGUCUUGGAAGUAAAAAAAAUGAUGGCAUGGCGGGAAAUUCGAGCGAGGCUAUGGAAUUGGAAUUAGAAGAGUUAAUCAAGAAGGCAAAUAUACAGGCAGCAAAAAAUCAUUCAGAUUUAUUGAGCUCAGUUAGAGAAGAUAUCAGGCAAGCUUGA